AUGGCUGCAUCUUCUGGCCAACUCCAAAACGUGAAAGAAACGUGGAACGUCAACAGUCCGACUUCUCACGAGGUUUUCUGUUUCACUUGUUUUUAUGAAAAGCCUUAAUCCAUCCAAAGCCUUGACUGAAGACACCAAUCUUCAAUAGUAAGGGGCAGAUUGAUGGGGUACAAAAACAAGACAAUAGCGACAAUUAUACGAAGUAUCUUUCUUCGGUGAAUUUAUUGAUCGUUGAAGGUUUCCUGGAUUGAAACAAGAAACUGUUCCAAGCUUUUUACACAGGCACAGAGUUUGUUUGUUUGUGUUGAAACACAUACCUGUUUAAUUAUUUUCUUACUUUCCACAUGAAUUAAAUAAAGGAAGCAUGCAUCAUAAUGCUUCACUUGAUUUGUAAGCUUUCAUUUUCAGCAAAACUUGAUAUGCAAAUUUGUGGCAAAUUUUUCUCCCAAAAUUAUUUCAGGGUUAUAGAAAUGACCCAUAGUUUUCGCUGGAUCUUUACUUUUGGCAAAAUAUUGCUUUGGAUGUUUAUGUGUGAUCUUAAUUUACGAGAAAGAACAGUUCUGCUAUGCGGCGCUUCCUCUUGGAUAGUGAAAGGCUGACAAGACAGGUAGACGUUGUUUGCGAAACAGAAUUUACCACAACAAUUUAAAAACAAAAUAUGCAGUUCUAAAUUAUGCCUUUUGAAACGAUUAAAACAGGAAAUUAACACGUGAUUUGUGUAGUAAAUGUUACCGUCUGUUUGUUUAUUUCUGAAGACAAUUUGAAACCUUUUGAAGUACAAUUAGAAACUUAAAACUCACCAAGGCCGCUUUUUUAUAGGUCUCCUGACAGUAAACAAUAACAAAGUCUCCAGCAUUUUCUAGUGGCUUGCGUUCUCAUUAUUUUCGUUCUUUCCUCCAGACUAGCUCUUCUAAAACUGGAGAUGAAACCAUACCACAGAAAGCAACUGGACAGAGUGCGUUAUCUGCAACCAGCAGAACCUUGAACGUUACUCUUCUUGGUGAUGAAUGGGGUUCAUCAGCUGGUGGGUUGUCAACCAUAAACAGAGAGCUUGCUAUUCACCUUUCAGAGCAGCCAGGAGUAAAUGUAUCUCUAUUAUGUCCAGUAAAAGCUUGCAGCACUGAAGACAUAAGAGAAGCUGGCGGCUAUGGAAUCACCAUUGUUGAGGCGAAAGAACGUGCCGCAUACGAUCGUCUUGAUUGGUUGACCAUCCCUCCCCGGUACCACUUCAUGGACAUCGUUGUUGGUCAUGGUGUAAAACUUGGUCGGCAAGUACAAUUCAUCAGAGACUCACCUCAGUUUUCAAAUUGCAAAUGGGUACAAGUGGUUCACACUGCUCCAGAGGACCUGAGCAGAUACAAAUGCUACAGUGAUCCCAUUUCAAAAGGUGAAACAAAACAAGAAUCAGAAGUUGAACUGUGCAAACUCGCUGACAUUGUUGUGCCUGUGGGACCCAGACUUAAAGAAGCCUACACUUCAUAUUUACAGCGAUGCAAGACUGAUCAAGAAGUCUUGUCCAUUACUCCAGGCCUUUUCCAAAGGGAGUUUGGGGAUUUAACGCAAACCCCUAAUGAAAAUGCUGAGUUUAAAGUACUCCUAAUCGGUCGUGGAGAUGAUGAGGACUUUGAACUGAAGGGAUACAACAUUGCUGCUCAAGCAUUUACUGAUCAACGGCUAAAAAACAAACCUUACCAUCUAAUUUUUGUCGGAGCGCCUGAAGGAAAGCAAGAAGAAGUUAGAGAAAAACUUCGUCAACGUGGUAUUGCAGAAGCACAGUUGACUGUUAGAAAAUUUGUACAAUGUAGAGAAAGACUUAAAGAUUUGUUGUGUGAAGUUGACCUUGCCAUCAUGCCAUCAAAAUCAGAAGGAUUUGGUCUUGUUGCACUGGAGGCCUUGUCUGCAGGUUUGCCCAUUCUUGUAGGCAGCAGGUCAGGAUUUGCCAAAGCAUUAGAAAAUGUUCCGAUUGGUUCUUCAUGCAUCGUGAAUUCAGAUAAUCCUGGAAAAUGGGCAGAAGCAAUAGAAGCUGUUCGUACCAGGCAUCGUAUGCGGCUGGAAGAGAUUAAAUCACUGACAGCUUCUUAUGGGAAGAUGUACAGUUGGAAGGAGCAAUGUGAGGCCCUUGUGAACAGAAUGUGGAAAAUGAGUCGUGGUACGAAAUACACCCCUUUACAAUGCUAAAAGAUUAGUUUCCUAACAAAUCACCUUCCAGUGUUGUUACUUAAAAUGCUACUGAAGGAUACCAUACAAAGACAGUCGGUUUUGUGCUGGGCAGUGACAAUCAUGCAAAAAUAAAAUUGGCUACUUGAAAUUUUGAGAUGCCUGCUUUUCCUUUCUGUUAUAGAGCUGACUGUAUAACCAAGAAGGAACCGUUUUGGACGGUAAUCUUAAAAUAGAUCUAUAGCGCCUUAAAAAGUUUUGAUGUUCAGUAGUUUUUGCCAUCGAAUUGACUCUGAAUUCCUAUUGCUUCUUGAGCUUAAAUGUUUUGUGCACACCUUUUAAAGUUGUAUUGGAAGUUGUCAAAGUGGAUUUAAAUACAUGAAAAGAUCUGUGAUAUUUAGAAUAAGGGUCUCCACAACAUUAAAGGGUCACAGUUGUCGUCAUGGGACGUGGUUUCACUCGGGUGGUUAUGGAUGGUAGAGAUGUGAAUGACUUACAAAACAUAUAUACAUUAUUUUGUAAAAAGCUUGUUUUAAAGGCUUGUUCUAUAUACAGUUAAGUACUAAGCCAUUCUUCAGAUCCGGGAAUGCUGGGUUUUGUAAAUUGAUUAUUAACUAUACCUCGAUAUAACGAACAUUUUUGUUGUCUUUUCGAAAAUUCGUUAAAUCGAGGUGUUUGGUAUUACGAACCCUCGACACAAAACAAAUUUCCCCAAUUCCUUGGCACUUCGUUAAAUCGAGGUUCUACUGUAAUCGCCGCCGGACUGUUUUCGUCCAUUUUUUUUCACAGAGGCGGAUUCUUUAAAGGCCGCGAACUCCUUGGAAACAAAGCGCCAGGCUUUUCAGGGGACGGAAAGCAUGGCAGUGGACCAUAAAGGUAUUGUGAAAGAGUUAUAAUCAAUGAAAUCGAGGGUGAUGUUGCCUAUGAACGAGUGCCCAUCGGCAAAGGGAUUCUGUGUGGUUGUACGUGCAUAAGUACACAUAAGUUUACACACGUAAUUGAUACAUGUAUAAGAUGUGGUUUAAAGGUUGGACAUCACAUGUGCCGGACUGAAUGCAUAAACUAUUUUACUACUAAAUAUAGCAGUACACGGUACUCCUCCUUUUUAUCUAUCGAGCCAUCUGAGAAGUAUAGUUGAAGCAUAUUCACAAUAUCAAUCUUCAUAUACACGCUAUCUCGUUGCUGAAAAGGUUUAAUAUUUUUUACCUAUAUUUAAACUGAAGUAGUGGAAAUUGUGAAAUUGCUCAAUUAAAAAAAUUCCCCACCUCUUGGCAGACCUUUGAUGAAAAUAUUCCACACCAUGGGAACUCACAAUCUGCUAAUGCCUAACCCUGUCCAGGGAGGAAAUGGCACACUUGGAACUGACUGAGCCUUAUGUUUCAAUGAAAUUAUUUUUUGUAACCAUGGUUUGUUUUCGCAGAGCCUUUUAUGGAAAGUGACAGUAAGCCAAGAAUCUACUCCCAUGUUGGCGAGAAGCUCGUUUCAGAAACCUCUGUUGAAAGUAACUGUCAGCAAAAAACUGAUGCUGUACCAAGAAAUCAAACUAAAGUAUUCACAGUUAACGUCUCUCAGUCACAAAACACUCGUAAGCGUAAAAAUUCAGAAUCUUCUGGUGAUCCAGGUAAACAAUAACAUGAUUUGUUUUCCUUGCUAUUGCCUACUAGUAUAUUUAUAAAGAAUAGAGUAAUUGUUAGGUUACCCAAAGGUGCUUUUUUCCACAGAACUUGUUACCGUUACACUGUAGUAGUAUAGUGUAUGUAGUGUAAUUCAUUACCCACUUUAAUUACCAACUCUGGUUUAACACCACAUUUUACCCUGGAUUCGAGAAUACUUCAAAUCUGGUAGCCUUAGAAAACAGCCGACGUGUCACUACGGUGACAUCAGUAUGGAACUGGUUUCCGUGUUCGUUCUGUUUCUCAGACGUCAUUUAGUAGAGGAACAAGAUGUGUCGUCGCGAAAUGUCGGCUGUUUUCUCAGGGUACAGAUAUGGGGACCAAUGCAAGGUGUUGACUUUCGAACGAUGUAUAGUAGUCUAGAAUACGUUUCUCGCGACAUUUUGGGUUUCGUUAAUAAAGACAUUUAUUUCUCGACGCGUUGUCUAUGUUUCAGAAAUUACUACAAAGCAUUUUUUUCAAGACCUUAACGAUGAAAAGAGUAAAGUAGUCCACGAUACUUUACAACGACAAAUACAAAUGUACUUCCAACAUCGUACCAUUGCAACCACAGAAGGAGUGUCUGGCCUGAUUGAAUAUAUAAAGGGCACGCACAACAUGGCCUUGCAAUCUGUGGGUAUAGGAUCUCUAGAAAUAACAUUUCGGUGCCCCUCCUUGGAGAGCCUUGAAAGUUUGUGGAGUGACUAUCAGUCUGGUCACCUUAAUGACGUUGCCGAGAGAUACCUUGUGACUAAUGACAUAAAGAAGAAAGUGAACUUGAAGAGUAUCGGGUUGGAGACAACUAUUGAAGAAGAAAACUACCUGAUUUGUAAGGAGAUUCUAAUGGAAAAAUCAUGUAAGCCUGAAAGCUCUUUAUAAGAAAUUGACUUCAAUUUAAACUAUUAAAACUAGAAGUUCUCAUUGAGAAGGGAAGUGCUGCCGUUAGUUGGAAUGCGAAUAGGACAAAGGCAGUAUUUAGAACAGUUGAAUAUAUGAAUUUUUAACUUCGACUUGUUGGAAUUAUGAAACACUCAGAGCGAAAUAUAAAAAAUGAACCGAGCACAAUGACAAAUAUGCUUACAUUCACAUAACUCGUUUCAAUAUGAUUUUGUAAUUCAUUUUAAUCAUUCACAAUUCUAAAACAACAGCAGUGCUGAUAGGCUGUUUCUUCAUCGAACAAUCAUCGUACACAUAGCGAGAAGAGUUGUGAACAAAUAACGUAAAGGCCAAAACUUGUUUGUUCACAGGUCAGGUAGACAUACAGCACAAGCCGUUCACCUAUUUAACUUACAAUCCUGAUUCCCGAGAUAACAAUCUGUGUGAAAAAAGAAUAGUGUACUCGCUAUAACUAAUCUUGAAACCUAGAAUAAAAAAAAUAAUCCGAGAAAAAAAAUGUUCAGUACAAUACUUCUUGAACUGUUCUUACCAUUUGGGCCGUUAAAAAGGCAGCAAACAUCCGAUGGACUACGAUUUCUGGCGCACUGAUCUUAUUUAAAUACCGGGAACAAAACAUAAUGGCGGGUUACUCCUAAGAGAAAAACAGGCGCCGCAGCUACGCACUUGCCUUAAACAAACCGCCCACUGCAAAGCGCUACAGUCACAGACUGAUUGAACAUCGAACCAUUGAACCAAAAAUCUCAAAUUUCUCAAGAAUAUGGUCUGCUGCCGGCUAAUGUCCGGCAGCAACAAUUGAAAACUGAAAUCAGUGACCUGAGAAUACAAUUUGCUCACAGAAGGCCACAAUAGACCUUUUUACGGAUUCGGCGGCCAUAUUGAAUUAAUUCGAUUUAAGGAGUAUUAUAGGAUGCCCAGGGGGCAUUAGCACAUUUUGUUUGUAUUUUCGAGCGCUUUUAGGGACAUUUUUUCUUAAAGUUUUCUUAGAAUAAGAUUGUAAUGGGAAAAAAGAUCUUUGUACCGCGUUUGGAUGUAAUAAUGAUAGCCUUUUUUUCCGAGAAAUAUACAGUGAAAGAUUAUAUUUCUAAUACUAAACUAGAAAAAGGCGACCAUUAUUACCUCCAAACACGGCACAAGGAUCUUUUUUCCCAUUACAAUCUUAUUCUAAGAAAACUUUGAGAAAAAAUUUCCCGAAAAGCGCUCGAAAAUACAAACGAAAUGUGCUCAUGCCCCCCAGGAAUCCUAUAAUACUCCUCCAAUCGAAUUAAUUCAAUAUGGCCGCCGUAUCGGUAAAAAGGUCUACAGGUUACCUUCUCUACUUAAAACCCUGAUAAAAAUGCUGUUUUUUUGUUAUAGCCUCUGCUGCAUUUCUACAGCAGCUAUCUUGGAUCAAAAGAGUCAUAGGUCAGUUGCAAGGGGGAGGGGGUCUUAAAUAUGCGAACGAUAGAAAAUCUCCCAAGUUUGUUAUUACUUUCCUGAAACUGUUUGCAAUAAAUUGACAGUGCAUGAGAAAUUAGUUGACCUCGAUAAAAAUUCACGGCAAAGAAGAAAUAAAAACGUUAUGUUUACAGUGUAUAAUUGCUCUCAGUUGAAUUCUUUGGAUUCUCAUAUUUCCUCUCAAACGUAGCCGUUAAUAUUUUAAAAUCAGGCCAGCAAGUGAAACAGGUGAAUGUUUGUAUAGGGUUUACACUUUUCAUGUUGCGUACAGUAAUUUUACCUGCUGUGAGUAUUAUUUUUGUAACAGUACAUUCACACUAGAUAUGUUAUUUAGUAGUGAUUUGUCUCUUUCAGCCGAAUCAGAUCAAGAGACAGCUUCACUAACGAUUGACAAAAGCUCAGAUAAAUGUGAGGUAGGCCGCUUUGUACUGACGAUUAAAACUGAAAAUAGGUAAAGGCCUAGAAGAUAAAAAAUCGAGCAGUGGGUCUUGGCUGUUUGUUAAAGUAUCGAGCCCCAUAGCUAAGAAAAUUUGGUUGUUUAUCCACAGCCAAAAUUUUAGUAGGCAUUUGACCAUACGUUUGCCAACCUGUCUGUACCACAGGGCAACCAGUGUAAAUUGUCACUCUCUCUAGCUAGUAUGGGAGCCUGCAACCUGAUAUUGCACAUAUAUGUUGUGGUGAAUUGACAGCUGUCAAAACAGGGUAUCCACUGAUCGAAUUUACUGAUACUGAUCAGUAUCACAUGACUAUGUCGUGGGCUUAGUUGUCGACCCAUCAUGGACAGGCGUUUUUUUUUUAAGUUCUCCGCUGAAAAGGUACUAUUUCUCAACUGAUGGCAGGUUCAUUUCUUUGCGAUGGUUACAAAAUAAUUGUUUGAAGUAAAUGUAAUAGUUACAUGAGAUUCGUCUUUAGCCUCGGCUAAAUCUUUAUAUUGACUCAAUUAAAGUAUCAUUGUUUUCUAAAACCAUAAGACAACUUUGAAAAGAAAGUUUCGCUAGGUAGCUUUUAAUUAGUUGGAUGUCCUAUUUUGUCUGUAGAAGUGCUUCUUUAUAAAACUUUCGGCUUUAAAAAUAUUGCAGAACCUUUUAUAAAUAUAGUUGUUAAUCAUUCUAGGACAAGAAACAGGUCCUGACCCAUACGGAGAGAGCCGAGAAGGCAAAAGUAAGUUCAGUGAGAUAUGUAUUGUAGUGCGCGCAGUAGUACUGCACGGCGGUAUGGGACGUAACCAAUCAGGAGCCAGUAUUCAUACCACGUGACCCAAACCGGAAGUUGUGUUUAUUGAGACGCAAAUGAGUCAAGGAUCACGUGGGUAGGGUUGAUGACGUCAUAGGAGUAAACCGGAAGUGAAAAAAACAGGAAAUAAACCCAAACCGGAAGUUGUGUUUAUUGAGACGCAAAUGAGUAAAGGAUCACUUGGGUAGGGUUGAUGACGUCAUAGGGUUAAACCGGAAGUCAAAAAAAUCCCCAAACUGGAAGUCGGUUUUUCACAGGGUAUUUAAAAUAUAGUUAUUGUGAAAGAGAGUACACGACGCAUGCGCAGUAAACAGUUUAAAAACACGUUUAUUUAAGAUAAUCCUUUGUUACAUGUGGGACGUGUGCCGUCACCCUACUGGUCAGCGCCCUUUUUAAUUCAACAAGUCUACUAAAUUAGAGAUAUCAUCUAAGAGUCUAGUAUAACCAAAUGGAAAACUACGUUUGCUAAUAGGGUCUUGUUCGUAGGUAGGUCCUUUUUCAGAUGAUACAAAUAACACAUUUUGUUGUAAUCUUCGCUUGAACAAAUCGUUCAUUUCUAAUAAGGCAUCAGGAUAAUCGUAGAUAUUACGUGCACCAAUAAUGACAGUUCUGCUGAUCAACGUGGGGUUCAUAAUCUGUUCCUCCGUCAUUUCCUCACACCAUACUUUUUGAAAUGCAAUCCGUUGUAGCUGUAGUUUGUUGGAAAACGGACCACCAUAAGAGAAUUAUUUCUCAGCCAUACUUGUCUUUGGACAAACACGCCGCGGGUUGAUUAUGCAAAAAUCUUCAACUUAAGACCAGGUAUUGUGUAAAAAAAAUGCAAUUAAGAAUUAGCCGUUUAGCUUUUGUCUUUUUUUAAAAAUGAGCGAUUAAGACAUUGAGUUCCCACUUCGAAAAAAGUCAAGGAAUGUUGUUUCACAAUCAUCUAGAACAUGUUGUAUUUCUUUGCAAAAUUGUAUUAUAACAUAGCGCGCGUGCUUGCCCUAUUUAAGUCCUAUUGAGCCGCUAUGAACAAAAUCUUUAUUUACGCACGCCCGUGCGUAAAUAAGAUGACGUGAGCAUUUUUUUUUAUCUGGCUGCAAAGUACAGUUGUCGUCUUUUAAACUGCAGUGUAGUGCAGUUUUCCUUCUCUUCAAAAUAUGGACGAAACCAGCGAAAAACUGCCCAAUUUUUGUAUCGGCAUUGACCUUUUAGGUCCUGAUCCAACAAGCAGCAAAAAUCGAGCCGAAUUAAAAAAAACUCGCAAGUUGCGCGUUUCGCAAAUUUGUCGGAAGACCAGCUGCAGCAAAUUUUGGCCAAAAGACAUUCAUUGGGAACAGAACAGACACCAACUGGUCAUCAACAACAUUUAAGGGUAAAAUUUCCGUUUUUAUUGUUGUUUUAACUUUGUUACACACUUUUGUUAUCCCCGAACAAUCCGACUGAAGCAGGAAAAUUUCUCUCGCAAUAACAACACAAAUUACACAAGAAGACAUAAAUUUAUUACUCACAAAAACAACUGCUGCCAGGUCUUCUCAAGAAGCCGUAAUGACCAGCCAAUGUUCGCAAAUGAAUAUAACUUUAAAGAAGGAUGACAGUCGUCUUCGCUUAAAGCAUGUUUUCUGGAUUUCGCCGAGCAAAACGUAAACGUCUUUUCAGCAAAUCCAAACCAUACUCCACGACUUCUCACAAACAUGUUAAUAUUUUAACUUUAGGUGAACUUUGAGACUCUUUUACCUUUGUUUCUGCUUAGUUUCCAUUGAUCGUUAACGAAUAAAGAAGCAAAUUGUCUUUCUCAGUUUUACAGAAAGAACAUUUUCAUUCAAACUAGACGAUUGUGGCGUGUUCGUAAUCAGCCAAUAGAACCGUUUGUUAUUGUGUAGCGCGUUACGAGAAUUUUGCAGUUAAUCAAAAAGCAAGCAUUUUUGUCAGCUAUGUUAUAAAAGAAUUUGCUCAUGCUUUUAGCUGUGCGUAUAUCGAGUCAUGGAUGCACUUGGGAAGUUUGGAGAGCACUCAAGAAGCUAGAGUUGCACUCGGCUAUCGCCUCGUGCAACUCUUACGCAUCUUUCGUGCUCUCCAAACUUCCCGCGUGCAUCCAUAACUCGGUAUACGCACGCUAAGCAUGAACAAAUUCUUAAAUUCUCUGUCUAUCGACAAACCUAUGAAAUACCUGUGGCAAAAACAACAAGACGAUUCAGAAGAGGAGGGCUCUUUUAACCCUGAUUGGAUAGUGAACAAUCUAUUAUGUGUUCAACAGACAAACGCGCUCUCCGUUCAAUCAUGAUUUCAUUCUUUAAAGUUCAGUUUGCUCGGAAAAAAGUCUUAACUCUCAACAAUAUUCUUUGGAACAUUGUCCAGCGUCAAAGGAUAGCCAGUUUUAUUGGACAUGUAUUCUAACUGACUUAUGCGGCUUUGGUUGACAAACUCGUCCAACAAGAAAAGCUGAAUCACUGCGACGGUUGUGCUAUUCAACACCCAAGUCAAAACCAACAUUCUUGCCUCAUGAUGGAUAAUGAUGACGCAUGGAAGUAUUACCACGAUGAAGUGGUGGAAAAAAUUGACCUGAAUUCUAUGUUGAACGCUACCGAAAGUAUAUGCAGUGCUCUCGGCUUCAAACUAGAUAAAUCAUGGGAAGCGUACUGCCAAAUAUUGUCGUGGACCAGUAUUUACCUCGCUUCUCUGGAACUUGAUGUUGUCCAGCAGGGUGAUGAUCUUCAAAGCCGUAUUUUAUACGCUCUAUACUACCGACCAAAUGGGCUCAAAUGGAAAGAUUUCAGUGAUCAACAAGAAACAAUAGAAUGCCUUGAUAGAGUCGUGAGAAAAGAAGAACACCAAUGGACCUUGACAUGAUAAUUAAUGACAUUCAAAAUAAGCUUUGUUUCUAAAAGUAAUGAAAUUUCUUCAUGAUGACUAAAAUUUUGAGUCGGUGUGUGUUUGUCUCUGUCUUUGUCAAGAUGGGGCUUUCUCUGUCUUUGCUUCGGGUCGACUUUUCUCUGUAUCGCAUUGUAUAUAAAGAGUUUUCCUUUAGGUGUAAAAAAAUGUCAUUUGUUCAUAGUUUGUAAAUAAAUAUGGUUUAAUAUACUAAACACGGUUUGUUGUCUGUCUAGCCGCGCGCGCGUGUGUGCGCCACGCGCGAUUCAAUCACCCGCGUAAAAGAAAAACACAGUGAUAUACAAGGCCCUUGUGGCCCCUGUGGCCCGUUCUCAAUAGUCAUAAACUUCGUGUCAACCAAUGGACCUUGACAUGAUAAUUAAUGACAUUCAAAAAAAGCUUUGUUUCUAAAAGUAAUAAAAUUUCUUCAUGACUAAAUUGUGAGUCAGUGUGUGUUUGUCUCUGUCUUAGUCAAGAUGGGGCUUUCUCUGUCUUUGCUUCGGAUCGACUUUUUACUGUAUCGCGCACAAGCCAAAACAUUGAAAGUGUCUUAAGUGAAAUGGAAAUGCUUCAACAAAAAUUUAAAGAUCUGCCGGGUUCGAGUUCUAGAAAGGUUGAAAAAAAACUCCACUCUGAGGUCUUUUCAAAAAGUAAACUGGGGACGAUUGGUGGUAUUUUUGAACUUCGCGGAUCAGCUAGAAUUAACCGAGGAGGAAUGGGAACUACUAUUUCACCUUCUUGUUCCCACUCUCACCCAGAUUCGACAGUAGCUAUAUAAAGGAGCACCAGAGAGAGAGAAGUCAUUACAUCUUUUACCGUUCAGGUAAACACUAGUGAUGGGUUGCUUUCCGCCAUCAUCCACUUUUGGUUUUGAACACAUUUUCAGUCGCAUACGUUGUGUAUUAGCUUGCUGCGGUGGUAAAGUGGUUGUACAAAACUCGGAAUUUUGUGAUGGAGAAAAAACUAGCCAGCAUCUACCUCGACCCAAGUCAACCCGCAAGUUUCGGUGGUUUAGAUGCUGUUUACAGAGCAGUCAAAGAGACAGGAAAGAACAAGAUAUCGCGUAAACAAGUCCGAGAUUGGUUGAGUCAGCAAGAUGUUUAUACUCUUCACAAACCCGCGCGAAGACGCUACAAGAGAAGCCGAGUCAUCGUUUUUGGAAUAGAUGAGCAAUUUCAAGCGGAUUUGGUCGACCUCCAAAAUCUCAGUCGCUACAACAAGGGCUAUAAAUACUUACUGACUUGUAUAGAUAUCUUCAGCAAGUACGCGUUUGUGUUACCGUUGAAGACAAAACAAGGUCAGGAACUGGUCAAAGCCUUUCAAAAGAUCCUUUCUACUGGUCGCAAAUCCAUCAAACUGCAAACAGAUCAAGGAACAGAGUUCAAGAAUCUCGUGUUCCAGAAAUUUCUGCGUGACAAUAACAUUGCCUUUUUCACUGUUAACUCUGGGCUCAAAGCCUCAGUGGUUGAGCGUUUUAACCGAACAUUUAAGAAUAAGAUGUACAAAUAUUUCACGGCCAAAAACACUCUCACCUAUAUCAAUGUAUUACCCCAGUUAGUGUCUUCUUACAAUAACACUUACCACCGAAGUAUUAAAAUGAAACCGAGUCAGGUGACUAAAGCGAAUGAAGCUCAAGUAUGGGAUACUUUGUAUGGGGAUGAUGUUCAAAAGCCUGUGCGAUAUAAAUUUCAAGUGGGAGAUCGCGUCAGGAUUAGCAAAGUGAAGAGAAUGUUUGAAAAAUCUUACUUACCUAAUUUUACGGAAGAAAUUUUUACUGUUUACAAGCGAAUGGCUCGUCAAGUACCCGUUUAUAAACUAAAAGAUGAUGCAGGUGAAAUCUUAGAUGGAAAAUUUUAUGAACCCGAAUUACAGAAAAUUAUUAAGAACGAUGAUGUGUACCGCGUCGAGAAGAUUUUGCGGAAGAGAAAGCGUAAAGGCGUAGUAGAGUAUCUGGUGAGAUGGAAAGGAUACAAAGAUCCAAAAUUUGAUUCUUGGGUUCAAGAAAGAGAUAUUUUGAAAUUGUAAUUUAUGCAUUUUUUGUGUAGUGAAUAAAAGAAAAUGAAAUAAUAAAAUGAAUGGUGUGUGGUUUCUAAUAAAUUAAGAAUACCCAGAUUAAAAAGUUCAUUUCAACACAGGGUACGAUGGAGGUAAAACAGUUUUAUCUGCAUCUCCCUAGCAAUAGCAGCCUCGAUAAGUUUCCCAGCAACACAUUAACUGAGUACCAAGUUGGUUUACCUCAGACCGUUAGCUUGACGGGGGACUGGGAAGUAGCGUUAACGGAAAUUCACUAUCCUCACAGCUGGAAUAAUGUCCAAGAAAAUUUUGGUAAUCGAUUCUACCUUCGGAACCAAGAAUUGUCCGGAGUAUGGGAAGCCCUAAUUGUACCACCAGGUCAUUAUUCUUCCAUUGGAGAUAUCUUAUCAAAGAUGAAAGAGCUGAUCGAGAAUGUAAAGCGCUUCAAUGACGACGUGACAUUUUCUUACGAUGCGUUCACUAGAAAGGUGACUGUUCACCUACAAAAUAACGUAGAACUUUUCUUUGGUAACAUUGGAUAUCUGCUGGGAUUUUCACCAGACGAAAUUAUUUCUAAUACCUCUACCGCUGAAAGACAAGUGGAUUUGGAAUACGGCUUUCACGACCUUUUCAUUUACUGUGAUCUUAUUCAGUCACAAUAUGUUGGAGAUGCAUUGGUACCUUUGCUUCGAAUUGUUCCUGUAGAAGGAAAGGUUGGGGAGCGAGUGAGUAAAUCAUUUUUGCGCCCCCAAUAUUUACCUGUCAGCAGAAAGCAAUUUGAAACUGUCGAAGUCAAUAUAAAGACAGGCACAGGGGAGUCUGUACCAUUUGAGUUUGGGAGAGUGUUGUUAACACUUCAUUUUCGUCAAAGUGCACCUCAGUACUUUUAAAGAUGGAAAAACUCCACACUCCAAAUCACAAGUUGUACGAACAGUACUAUGUUAAUCAAGCCAAACAAAAAGGUGGGAGUUUACCAGCGUUUCACGGUGCUCGAUUUCAGCAUGGUUAUGGACUAGGGUCCAUAUUCAGAGGUCUGUUUCGCUGGGCGAUGCCUCACCUUCAACAGGGUGCUAAGGUGAUUGGAAAAAAAGGCUUUACAAACAGGUGUCAAUGUCGUCCAAGAUGUUCUUGAUGGAGAUAACAUUAAAACAGCAGUCCACAAGCGCACGAAACAAGCCCUCGGUCUACCUUCUCAGAAUUCAUUGCAGACACAAUCAGGAGCUGGCAAAAAAGCUAUAAAAAGAAAAGGGCAAGGAACCAAAAUCAGUUCGCCUCAAGGCAAGAAAGCAAAAACAUCUCCGCAGCAAAAGAAGCCCAAAGAGAAAUUUUCUUUCUGGAAGUAACUAUGGCCUUUGUGCAUCACGAGUCUCAGGAAUGUACGAAAUCAGAGUUGGAUCUCUUUACGAUUCCUGCAACACAAACCUCUAUCUCCAAAGGGCAAUGGAUCGAGUACCACCCCAUCAGUAACAUCACGGACAGUGGUCCGAUCGAAUUUUAUGUUUCGGGAACCGGAGAUGAGUAUUUGGACUUGGCACGCACUCAGUUAUUUGUUAAAGCCAAGAUCACAAAAGCAAAUGGAACCGCCAUAGACGCCGAUACACAAGUAGGUCCCGUGAACCUGUUUUUACAUUCCCUGUUUUCCCAAGUGGACGUUUCCUUGAACGAGCGAUUGAUCUCUCCAUCCACCAAUACCUACCCUUAUCGCGCCAUGAUCGAAACCUUGCUAAACUACGGAGAAGAAGCAAAAACAAGUCAACUUUCUAUGGCCAUGUUUUACAAAGAUACCCCUGAAAAAUGGAUGUUGCCAACCCUGUGGCUGCAGACGAUGCUGCAAACAAGGGGUUAAAGGUUCGCUAUGAUUUCACUAAAGAAAGUCAUAUUGUGGAUAUGAUGGGGCCCAUUCAUAGCGACAUUUUCUUUUCAAGACCGGUUGAUGCUAAAUGGAGUGAAUUUAAGAAUCAAACUGAACCGAGCCAAGAACUCGUUUUGUCUAAUGUCAUCAGCAGCCGCUCCAACUUUCAAGGUGGUAAUCACAGAAGCCAUCUUGUUCGUUCGCCGGGUGAAAUUGGCCUCCUCUAUUAUACUUGGCCAUGCGGCUGCACUAAAACACUCCAGCGCCAAGUACCCGGUUCGCCGAAUCGAUUGUAAAGUGCUGUCUAUUCCAAGAGGAUUUAGCAGUUUUAACCCCGACAACAUCUUUUUGGGUCACAUUCCUAAACGAAUCGUGCUGGUCUUAGUGGAUACUCAGGCAUAUAAUGGAACUUACAGUACCAACCCGUUCAACUUCAAACAUCACAAUCUAACUCAAGUGGGUGUCUAUGUAGACGGAGAGCAAAUUCCUUGGAAACCCCUGUUCUUGAAUUUUGACGAAGCUAGAGGUCAAAAUGUAAUAGCGGGCUAUCAAAGCCUGUUCUCAGGCACUGGAAAGCUAUCCCAAGAUGCGGGUAAUCAAAUCAGUAGAAGCGAUUAUGGCUCUGGUUACACAGCAUUCUGCUUUGACUUGUCCCCAGACCACUGCUCAGGUGACCAUUUUGAGCUAAUAAAGCAAGGUAACCUGCGCGCUGAGCUUCAUUUCAAGGAACCACUGGCCAAUACGGUUAACCUUAUCGUGUACGCUGAAUUCCAAAACGUGAUUGAAAUUGACGGGAACCGCAACGUGUUGCUCGACUACACAAACUAAAAAUGGACACUAUUCAACUGACCCUUAUUUUGAGAAAGGAUAAAUUUACACGAGGUUUGUUUCAAGGCGUGUAUCCCUCAGACCAGCUGCCUGCAAGUGUUUCACAUUACCCAGCCCUGUUUAUCGCCAAUGUGGAUACGAGUGACAAGCCAGGUUCGCAUUGGGUGGCGUUUUAUUUCACCAAGGAGCAAGAGGGAGAAUUUUUCGAUUCUUACGGAUCACCACCCAGCAAAUAUUCAGGAACAUUUACUGCCUUUUUAAACAACAAUUCUAACCAGUGGACUUUUAAUACUGUGACAUUACAAAGCAUCUAUUCAAAAGUCUGCGGACAUUACUGUUUGUAUUUUGCUUUAUAUCGUAGUCGGCAUAUAAGUAUGAGUGCUAUUGUCCAUCGUUUUUCUAAAAACACAAGUAAAAAUGAUAGUCUCGUAAAACGAUUUAUUGAAAAACAUUUUCCUAUAGGUUUUCCGAAAUAUCGUACUGAUGUAAACAAGCAAAGAGCAAAAGCACGACACUAAGUUCAGUAAACAGACACCAUGUAAUUUCUUUUCAACACAUUUUAUUAAAUUACAAAAUAAAGUUUUGUGUUUCACAAUAAAAAAAGUCUCUUGUCAUGAUUUAUAAUCGUAACCAUCGAACAGCCUGAGGGCGAGGACUCUCGACUCUGCGCCUCUGCUUUUUGACAGAAGAUAACGUCACAGGUGGGGUGGGUAGCCAACGCGAAGGACUUUCUGGGGUCUCCUCUCUCACUCUUGCUUUAAACUCUCUUAUGGCACUCUGACGUUGGGGAUUACGAACCAAGUUUUCGGGGACAUUCAUUCGCGCCAGGCCCCUCGCAAACACGGACCACCCCACUGGUUCAAAUCCUUUUCGGUGACGCAAUGUGUCGUUGACUAGGUCGACCACAUGAGAACCUGGGAUUGGUUUGUUUUCAUACAACAGCUCUCCUUUAUCAUUCCAGUGCAACACAUCCUGGUGUUUUUUAAUUUUAUCCAACAACUGUCUAGCCCCAGCUUUGUAAAUUUUGGGUAUACUUUUCAUGACCUCUUCCUCUACUGCUGUUGGAAGAGAAUUAUCUGGAGAAGCUUCCUCUGUAGAUUCUGCGUUCUCAGCUGGUUUGGGGGUUUCUGUUGUUUUAGGGGCCGUUAACUUCACAUGGAGAGGUUGGCCUUUCCGCUGAUCGUAAUAAGUCAAGUACCGUUGCAACACCUGAUUGUAAAGCUUCGCCUUUUCCUCAUCACCAAGUUGUUUACUUUCUAAAAUAUCCCCCAUUUGGCUAUCCAGAUUUUUCACAGUUUGUGUUACAGGUGGUGUUAAUAUCUGCUGGCGUUGCUGCAAUCGUUCCAGAGUGUUUUCAGGAACGAGAACCAUGCGUCUUGUAUGAUUCAUCUUAACACUUAAAAAGUUUCCUCCGUGUUGUAUCAAGAUUUGCUUUUUCUUGUUUAGCGGGGUACUCUUUUCAGCUAGAGCAGUCAAGGCUUUCUUGUGCUUAAUAAGUUUUCUCUUUGCCGGUUUACUGACAGGGACUGUUUCUUUAAGUACGUUGAAUACACACUCACAAAUGGUUUUUACUAAAGCGUCGUCGGCUGCUUUCAAAAUUGCUUUACGUUGAGCUGGGGUACACUUGACGAGGAGCUUAAGAAAAUCGUGGUUCUUUCUUAGUCGCUGGGCCAUACUCAACUGAUAUCAAUCACUACGACGGAGCUUUUUUAUACCUUUCUGACAUAGGCGAGCUGAGUCUCCCCAGGGAAAAUGUUUGUGCGCAACCGGAAGUCGGUAGGUGUUUCGGGUUUGAGGUCGCAUAACAGGUAGCCAUAAGGGCGUUUUGUCGCAUCCUGAAACGCUUCUUGCAUGUAUUUGACAUGACCGGGAAACAUCUGUUUCGCCAAGUGACUGACUUGACUGCUAUCUCGCGGAGACUUGAACAUCACCAAAUAAUGGCAAUUCAAACUCAUUUCUCUCAGUUCUUUUCCCCGGUGAAAAAUAUUUUGAAGAAUGAAAAUGACGCUUAAAUUUCGGUGAUGACAGCCCUUAAAUCCUGCAUUAAAUCGUCAAUGACCACUAAAUUCCGAAUGGUUGGGUUUAUCAGAGAUUCUAAAUCACCAGGAACUCCUUCGACGAACGUGAUGUUGGGAAUAGUCCUUAGCAUUUCAUCAUAAGCCGGUUGGUAUAUUCCAUAACACCAAAUGAUAUUUUCAGGAGCUCCGUCUAUUAAUUGUUCUCCAGAUUCCAACAGGUGUUUGACAUAAUGACUUUUUCCACAACAAGUGGGGCCAGCUACAAUAGCAGGAAAGGGGUGUUUCCACCUUGGGUCCAUGUUGAUAACUGACUGGUUCAACUGCGUUUGCUCUUAUUUAUAUCGAAAUGGUAUUUGGCGGAGUAUCUUUAUCAUAAACUCGAACCAUGUUGGUAUUUUGUAAUUUAGCAAACUGGAGCCAAUAUUUUCUCUCUAAGUCAGACAGCUCGUGUACCUGAGCCAAAUGGUUUGCUAAUCGAACUAAAAAUUUAGAGUGACAUCCCGGUAUUGGGCAAUGACGACAUACACGCUUACCCAUGAUGUUCUCGGUACGAAGGUUCGAUACCAACUGAGUAAAACCGCUAAUGACACGAAGUUUAUGACUAUUGAGAACGGGCCACAGGGGCCACAAGGGCAUUGUAUAUCACUGUGUUUUUCUUUUACGCGGGUGAUUGAAUCGCGCGUGGCGCACACAUGCGCGCGCGGCUAGACAGACAACAAACCGUGUUUAGUAUAUUAAACCAUAUUUAUUUACAAACUAUGAACAAAUGACAUUUUUUUACACCUAAAGGAAAACUCUUUAUAUACAAUGCGAUACAGAGAAAAGUCGACCCGAAGCAAAGACAGAGAAAGCCCCAUCUUGACAAAGACAGAGACAAACACACACCGACUCAAAAUUUUAGUCAUCAUGAAGAAAUUUCAUUACUUUUAGAAACAAAGCUUAUUUUGAAUGUCAUUAAUCAUCAUGUCAAGGUCCAUUGGUGUUCUUCUUUUCUCACGACUCUAUCAAGGCAUUCUAUUGUUUCUUGUUGAUCACUGAAAUCUUUCCAUUUGAGCCCAUUUGGUCGGUAGUAUAGAGCGUAUAAAAUACGGCUUUGAAGAUCAUCACCCUGCUGGACAACAUCAAGUUCCAGAGAAGCGAGGUAAAUACUGGUCCACGACAAUAUUUGGCAGUACGCUUCCCAUGAUUUAUCUAGUUUGAAGCCGAGAGCACUGCAUAUACUUUCGGUAGCGUUCAACAUAGAAUUCAGGUCAAUUUUUUCCACCACUUCAUCGUGGUAAUACUUCCAUGCGUCAUCAUUAUCCAUCAUGAGGCAAGAAUGUUGGUUUUUGACUUGGGUGUUGAAUAGCACAACCGUCGCAGUGAUUCAGCUUUUCUUGUUGGACGAGUUUGUCAACCAAAGCCGCAUAAGUCAGUUAGAAUACAUGUCCAAUAAAACUGGCUAUCCUUUGACGCUGGACAAUGUUCCAAAGAAUAUUGUUGAGAGUUAAGACUUUUUUCCGAGCAAACUGAACUUUAAAGAAUGAAAUCAUGAUUGAACGGAGAGCGCGUUUGUCUGUUGAACACAUAAUAGAUUGUUCACUAUCCAAUCAGGGUUAAAAGAGCCCUCUUCUUCUGAAUCGUCUUGUUGUUUUUUGCCACAGGUAUUUCAUAGGUUUGUCGAUAGACAGAGAAUUACAAUUUUGCAAAGAAAUACAACAUGUUCUAGAUGAUUGUGAAACAACAUUCCUUGACUUUUUUCGAAGUGGGAACUCAAUGUCUUAAUCGCUCAUUUUUAAAAAAAAAGACAAAAGCUAAACGGCUAAUUCUUAAUUGCAUUUUUUUUUUUUUACACAAUACCUGGUCUUAAGUUGAAGAUUUUUGCAUAAUCAACCCGCGGCGUGUUUGUCCAAAGACAAGUAUGGCUGAGAAAUAAUUCUCUUAUGGUGGUCCGUUUUCCAACAAACUACAGCUACAACGGAUUGCAUUUCAAAAAGUAUGGUGUGAGGAAAUGACGGAGGAACAGAUUAUGAACCCCACGUUGAUCAGCAGAACUGUCAUUAUUGGUGUACGUAAUAUCUACGAUUAUCCUGAUGCCUUAUUGGAAAUGAACGAUUUGUUCAAGCGAAGAUUACAACAAAAUGUGUUAUUUGUAUCAUCUGAAAAAGGACCUACCUACGAACAAGACCCUAUUAGCAAACGUAGUUUUCCAUUUGGUUAUACUAGACUCUUAGAUGAUAUCUCUAAUUUAGUAGACUUGUUGAAUUAAAAAGGGCGCUGACCAGUAGGGUGACGGCACACGUCCCACAUGUAACAAAGGAUUAUCUUAAAUAAACGUGUUUUUAAACUGUUUACUGCGCAUGCGUCGUGUACUCUCUUUCACAAUAACUAUAUUUUAAAUACCCUGUGAAAAACCGACUUCCAGUUUGGGGAUUUUUUUGACUUCCGGUUUAACCCUAUGACGUCAUCAACCCUACCCAAGUGAUCCUUUACUCAUUUGCGUCUCAAUAAACACAACUUCCGGUUUGGGUUUAUUUCCUGUUUUUUUCACUUCCGGUUUACUCCUAUGACGUCAUCAACCCUACCCACGUGAUCCUUGACUCAUUUGCGUCUCAAUAAACACAACUUCCGGUUUGGGUCACGUGGUAUGAAUACUGGCUCCUGAUUGGUUACGUCCCAUACCGCCGUGCAGUACUACUGCGCGCUCUUUGUGCAUUACACUUGAUGAAAGAUUGGAAAAUGCCAAAUUGAUAACCGACUGAGUUUGAUUAGUGUACAAGUCGUUACCACUUGGGCAUUUCUGGCAGGCCAGGAGUUUAUUUUGAGUUGCAGUGUAACGAACCCUUUCACAGUAGAACACCCAGAGGGACGUUUGCUUAGGUCUGAGUUAAUAUCUCCAGUAUCCAAACAGAUACAAAUAAUAUAGUUUUCGAAUGGACAGACAUUUACUAGUGAAUCCCGGUAAAGGUUGUUAUGUCAUAACAAAUAACCGAGAGGAUGGUUUGUAGACUGGUGGAAUUGGAUUUUAUUAACUGGUGUGAUUUAAAUUGAUCCUUUCUUAAUUACUGUCUCGUUACUCGAUAUGUUUUUAAUCAGGCGUCGAGAGGCCCUUUACACAAGGCUGCUGUCAGUGGAGAAUACAAGACAGUCAAAAUGCUUCUUGAAAGUGGUGAAGAUGUGGAUCAAAGAGAUCAGGUUUUAGUCUUCUCCAGUUUAUGUAAAUUUUGUGCUAAGCCUCAAGCCCGACUUCUCGCUUUCGCUUGGCUUGGGGAUUCUUACUUUCUUCAAUUAAAGAAUAAGAUAAUGAAAUUAAAUCUUGCGCUAAUGUUUCCUUAAAGACUAGUUUUCUCUAGCGAUCGAAUCGGAGUUGUAAUCAGAAUAGAACUUUACGGUCUAGUGAAAUCACCGUUCUGAUUCCGUUUACGACUCCGUCACUUACGAUCAAGUGAAAACUAGGUCGUCGGAGUCGCAAGCAGAAGCAGAAGAACUAAGCCAAUCACAAAGCGUGGGAACGUCAUUGUGAUUGGUUUACCCUUCCACUUCUGCUUCAGACUCCUACAUCUGAUUUUCACUUUAUCAUAAGCGACGGAGUUUUUGGCGGAAUCGGAAGAAAAUGGAAACUUUCUGAUUCUUCCGACUCCGAUUCCGUCGCUCUUGAGACUUCGCUUACGAUUCCGACUCCGACUCCGACUCCGUCGCUAGUGAAAACCAGCCUUAAAUAGUGAUUUAUCCGGUGGAUAACGGUAUCCACCGUUUCGACAACUGGGCCCAGGACUACUGUUACUCGGGUGAUCGUAAACUGUGAAGUCAUAGAGGAAAUGUUGCUAGAACCAACUACGUGCUCAACAUGAAAUGUCUAAGUGUAAGCGCUGUAGAGAAUUUAUUUAGUUGUCUGUUUUGUUUGUUGUUGUUGUUGUCGUUGUUGGUUUUAUUCUUUCUUACGAUGGUAACCUGAGGAUGUUCUGGACGGUAUUCAGGUCUCUGAAUUUAAUAAAAGAAUUUGUCUAGACUACCAAUUUCUGCUAGAAAGUGACCUACAAACAUUGCAUUUGGGCUCAGUUGGAGUGUUUCCACUUGGUUUGUUUCAAAUAAACUAAAGAGGAUAAAGUAAAGACGUUUUGGCUUUAUUUUUGGCUUGGUCGUAAAAUUAGUCCAAUAACAGCCUCUAAGGUUAUUUUGCAGCGCCAUCUUUAUAAACGGAACUAGCUGGCUUCUCAGUGUCCACGCUAUCUAACUGCGUUGUAUUUUUCUAUUUUCGGUAGUUUUUUCUGACCCCUCUUCAUCUUGCCUGUUGGUACGGACAGGAGUCUGUUGUUAAACUUUUGUUGAAACAUGGUGCAAACGUCAACGCUGAAGACGGGGUGAGUUUUGCAAGCGUUUUAUACAUUGUAAGUUAAACAAUAUAUAUUGCCAGGAGACCAUGAAGGUCUACAGUCAACGUAGUUUACUACAACCACGGGACUGUUACUUUUGUGAAUAUCUUAUUAUGCAGUUCCUUCAGGGAUUUUUCAGAGAUCUUUUUGCAACAAUGCUCGGGGUUCCUUUACCAGACUGCUUUUGGUGCAGUUUCCAGAUAAUGAACAGAAGCAAUAAGCUAUGAAUAUCCCCUGUUAGUUUAUGUGUAAUACAUAAUGGCCUGGGACCAGGCUCUGAAGUCGGGGGAAAGCGAGGAAAAUCGGCGAGCGAAGCGAGCGAGAGGGUCUGGGGAGGGAUAAAGAUGAAGGAGCUCGGCUGCCUUCCCCCCUCCCCAGUCCACCACUCGGCUUGCUUGGCUUGCCGAUUUUUUGCUGUUUCAUCCCGUUUUUGCUUAUUCCCUCCACUACGGAGCCUGGUCCCAACUGAGCUAAUGUUAUAUAAUGGUUUUACAAUAAAGAUCAAUUUAGAAGUACAGGAGACUCAAAAAUGGAAGGUGUAGCUGCAAAAAGACUGGUUCCAGCCACCUUGAUGCAAUUUUCUUUAUAGUGGUAGCUACCUUAUGUAGACAUACCUUAAAUGACCCAAUAAAUGCUUGGGGCGUCUAUUUAAUUUGAAGAGUCCAGGCGGGGGCGUUUAAUGAGAUAGGAGGCGUUUAAAAAAGAGAGCCGUUUAUUCUCAUAACUGUAACAAGCUCAACAAAACUAGUAUGCUUUCGGCGAAAACAUUAAAAGAGUUAAAAAGGAAUUCAAUAUCCACUCCAUCAAUAAAUUGAUACGUUAGGGCCAUCUAGAGAUUAUAUAUCUCUCUUUCAAAUCGCACCUAUUUAUAUCUAUCAAUUGAUCAUUCUAGGCCGUGUAGAGAUCCAUAUCGCUCUUUUAAUUCCGGCUAACAUGGAUGUCCGAAUCCUCCCUCAGGGUAUUAUGUUGCCAUCAUUAGUCUAUCCUUACUUUUAUCUUGACAUUGAACAAGAUGAAAUACGCAAAGCCUCGUUAAUCAAGAAAGAAACUGAAUAAUUUGAAUGAUUUUGCACCUUCUUGCUAAUUCCUAGUAUUUGGAGUCAUUCUCAUAGAGGGCAUCUUUUAGACAGGGGGUGUUUAUUAGAGAGGGGCGGUUAAUGCAAAUUUAACAGCGUGGAGGGGGCGUUUAUUAGAUGAGAGGCGUUUAUUUGGAAGUGGGCGUUUAUUAGGUCAUUCACGGUACCGGUAGUUAGAAUAUUCCCCUUGGUAAAUGGCAAGUGGUAAGUAAUACGUAUUACCCUACUUGUGAUGUUUUUAGUUUCAACGUACACCUCUGCAAAAAGCUGAACGUCAAAACCACCACUCCAUUGUGCAGUUGCUGCUGAAGAAUGAUGCCAGACUAAGUCUUCAUCAACCAGUAAGAUAUCAGAUUGUUUUUACUUCUUGCCAACCUGGUUUUUCAGAUGAAAUUCGCUUACAUUUGUUGUAUUCUUUGUUGAUAAUGUGGAACGUUACUGUAGGACCUAAAACGCCAAUCUGGAGAUCACAGUAUAGUGAAUCUUAUAUUAAAAGUACACCAUAUUAAGCGCUUGAGUGGCUCAGUUUUUCUCAAACGUUUUUUUACUUCGAGCUUACCGUAAAACAAACCCAUUAAUAGUGGAAACCAGCAAAGUCGCGUGUCUGUCCGGUUAAUACCGGUUUCAUCGUACAUUUUAUUUCUAAGUUGUUAAUGUCUCCGGUUCUGGCGUUUCGUUUAUACGCGUAAGAUCUUUAAAUUGUUUUGGAGACACUGGGGAAAUAUGACUACCCUAUUCGAUAGUCAGUUGCUUGUUGAGACAUUUAACAAAAAAAAGUUACUCGACGUUUCGAUGUAUCACAGUGAGAAAUGUUAAAUUUUAAACACUAUUAUUUAGAAAAUGCAUCUCAACUUUAACUAUUAGACUUAGUAAGUGAGUAAGCAAGUAACUUUAUUUAAUCAGGGUAGCCCGUUCAGCAACGAGGCUGGUAUCCAUAGGGGCCCUGACAAAUAAAAAAGUAUACUAUCUAAAAAUUCCUAAGGUAUAUACAUGAUUAAAAUAAACACAUUGUAUUCAUUGUAAAAUAUUGCGUAAGAUACUUGGGUACUAGAUUAUUUAAACACUUAAAAAUUAGAAUGCAUUUAUGAAUGCUAGAUUUAACCAGUUUAGCACACAGAAAGUUUCAUUUGAGGUGUUCUUCCGUAAUAUAAUUCGAGCUGCACGGUUCUAUAGGCGGUAUAACUCUUUGCAACACCCUUCUGAGAUUUUCCCCCACGCAACAUCAGCAUAGUCAAAUAAUGGCUACAAGAGUGAUGUGUAUACUGUUUAGAGGCUUCCAGCGUGAGGCAUGAUCGUUUACGAGACAAAAGCCCUAGCCUCCUACUGACUUUGCUGCUUACAUACUCGACGUGAUCUUUCCAAGAAAGGUUCUCAUCUAAAACAACACGUAAAUAGCUAAAUUCAGCUACUCUUUCUAAAGUCUUUCGGUAUAACUGUAUACAAACAUUUGGUGAUUUGGCAAGAUUCUUCCAACUUCCAAAGAGCAUUGAUUUUGUUUUACUCUGAUUAAGGAUAAGCCUGCUACUUUCCAUCGACUGUACAACUCCAUUUAAAUCAUCCUGUACUACCCUAGCUAUCUCCGAGGUGCAAAGAUUCGUAAAAUACAUUACAGUAUCAUCGGCAUACAUAUUAAUAGAACAGUUUUCUAAACACUGGGGCAGGUCAUUAAUGUAUAAAACAAAAAGCAGAGGCCCCAAAAUUGAACCCUGGGGACGCCAAAACGGAUUGCUCGUGUUGAGGACAAGUCGUUUCCAAAUUGCACUCUUUGAGUUCGUGUGGUAAGAUAGUUCCGGAACCAGUCCAGACUACUUCCUCUGACUCCGUAGUGUUCUAGCUUAAAAAGCAAACACUCGUGGUCGACCAAGUCGAAAGCUUUUUUCAAGUCAAUAAACACAGCUCCUGUAAUCAUUUGCCUAUCCAUGUGUUCCAAAAUAUAAUCAGUGAGGUAAACUACCGCAGUUUCGGUAGAGUGCUUAUUUUGAAAACUCGACUUGCUGUUAAACAAUAAAAAUGCAAGCAAUGGAAAUGCAAUGGAAAUUUUAGCUUGAUCUAGUUUACUCUUACCACCCAGUUUGAUUUAUGCAUAAAAUUAAGGGGAUGCUCUUCAGUGGUGACUGUAUGAUGAGUUAACUAGGGCAUAUUUUGUCGGUAUGUUAUGUUGGGAAUCAUAAAGACUCAUUUAUUAGUUGUUUAGAUUUACACUUUCGUAUACAAGUUCGACGUUAAAAAUAGUCAUCAACAUAAACCGUCUCCUGACAUGAAUUCGAUGUAAAGCGGAUGUUCCAUUUUAAUGCAUCUACGCGGUAAGAUUUCUUUAAUGAAAGUAUGUUUAAUUAGAAUUUUUGAUAGGUGACAAAGCCUUGUUUCAGUUGCGCACUUUGUUCAGUUUAACAUUUUUGACCUCUAUUUGGCCAUCCGUCCAUAUUUUCCAGGCAAUGAGUACCUUAAUCGUUUUUAACCAUUUUUGGCCUGUUUUCAUGACGUUUCACCCGAAUUCAUGUCGGUAGAUAAUUUUAAUUAGAUUUAAGUGAUUUUACUGGUGUUUUUGUAAAUUCUGCUUUGCACUAAGGAAUGCAUGUUGAAUUUGCCCUUUGAAUUUUUCGAUCACGUCCGGAGUUAAUUUAUUGAAAAUUUUUAGCCAAUCAUUUUCGAUGUAAAGGCUUAGUACCCUCUGUAAAUGGACAAAAACCUUAGAGUUUUAAACUGUACAUUUGUUUUUUCCCCUUCUGUUAUUAUCAAAACCUUGUAUACAAGCAGUUAAAUUGUAAUUUUUUAUAUUGGUCACCUCGUUUUAUAUUGACACAACCCAAGCUUCAUGGCGAAAAUUCAGGUUAAAAGAUCACUUCGGCGAAGCAAUUAUCUCGAAGGUUCAAUGCAAAUGCGUUUUCUUUAACCAAUCACAGAAGAGUUGCUUAAGCAUUAAUUUGAGUUAGGAGGAUGGGUUGCUGGGUAGUAUAAAAUCCGGGAGUGACAACGAUAUUUGGAGAGUGCGUUCCUGAUACUGCAAUGUGAAGAUGUAUGAAGAUAGUUGAAGAUUAAAGAAAGUUUAAAGAAAGAAAGUAACUACUCAUUUGUUGAAGAAGAACCAGCUAGUUCUCCAUAAAAGGUUCUUUCAACAUUACAAGCAAAUCCGUGCCCCCACCGCUGUAUUAAAGUUACCGUGAGGAGAGUUACAUCUGUCCACCUCCAGUGGAUUUUUUGCUGUGUUGCAGGAUUUGCAAAGAGUUAAAAAUGUAUUACACUGUAUAGAGCCUGGGAUGAGCUUUUCAAUGUAAUCUCGAUAUUAUGGGAUGUGGCUUUCGCUGUGAGAACCCAGUCAGUGGCGUCAUUCAAAAUACCUCAACAUCGAUACCCGCCAUCAAAAUUCUGAAACUUCCCCAAAUGGAACAAAAAUUAACUGAGACUUUUGUCCUCAACGACAUUUUAUUUGCAAUUUGCUGACACUGUCGUCUUCAAAAAUAGAAAAAGCAGUCAUUCCCUCCCCUACCCACUAAACAAUGUUGUCCCGCUGAUCAGGUUAGCCUAGGAAACAAUAAACGCGUCAACAUUGGUUGAGAGGGAGGAGGAAGGGUCCGGAAUGUCUUGGUUUCAAAACUCUACCCCAUCUGACAGCUUGACAAUUGUCACAUCAGUUUUGUUGUCUGUUCGAGCCAUUUUCAUGCUUUUCACGACAAAUUCACCAAAGCAUGAACACCAGAGAGCUUUUGGAAAUGUUCAUUUUCCUAGGAUCAAUCGCAUUAGAGAUAAAGAAAAGUUAGCGAGCCGCAAACCACAAAUUAACAAUGGUUGCAACUUCCAGAACAAGUUUCCCACAUUUCGUUGGUCUUUUCCCUCGACGCAAGACAUUGUAGAAGUAAUUUUGGAGUUGAUAGUUUUCUGAGAAUAAUAAUCAUAAUUUAAAUAAUUAAGAUUUGUAACGCCCUGGUUCCAUACAAAUUUUCUGAAUUUCAUAGUUAUUAUUAAAAAAAUUGUGCGAAAAACUCACUUUUCAGCUUUUAAAUAGCUUGCCCUUUUGUCACUGAUGAGGUCACAUAUUGUAACCAUAAUAACCAGACACCGUCCCAUUUUGUCUAAAAUGAGUAUAUUUGCAGUAGCGGAACUCCCGUAAUAUAUUAUCUGCAUUAGUUAGCAAUUAACGAAUGAGGCUGAUCUCGGAGGGUGUUAUCCACCGAGGCCGAAGGCUGAGCUGGAUAACACCCUCCGAGAUCUGCUUAAUUCUUCAUAUCCUACGAAAGCCGAAUUCAUUAACUGCUUUAUUCUUCAUUCAAAAUAAUUCCUAGUUUAAAAACAUAGCUGAAACAUUCCUACCUGCAUCGAUGUUAAAUUCAUCUUCGAUAGUGUACGUUUAGGUUUGUCCAGCUCCGCAAAUAUUCUGCAAAUAGCAGAUGUCGCCCUCCGAGUUCUCUUUUUGCUGUUUUUGCCACGUUUUAGCUAUUAUUUCGCCUAGUUGCAGCUGUAGUUCUUACUCGUGAAACGAGUGAAAUAUCCGCCCUUUUUUUUUCACAACCAACACAACUCAACCUCGUCCCCAGGUCUUCUCGGUAACGGUGCCUUAACCUGUAGCGGGCUGCAUUUUUGACGUAAUUUCCUCGUUAAACAUAGCCUACGAAAACAUCCGUUUCUCCUCGCUCUUCGGCGCCGGGGACGUUUCGCGAGGAGGAACGUCUGCGACUCAGCGGCAGAAAUUCCAUACUGAUGACACAAACCAAUGUUUACAUAAUAAAUCCAGUAGUCAUGGGGUUCCAAAUACAAAGUUGUCCAAUUUUACCUGUCUUCUGGUCGAUUUUGGUAAAGUGAUGUGUUCAUCUGCCAAAGAGCUCCAGCAAAACUCAAAUACUUCUUCUAGAAAAGACUAUAUUCCACAAAUAUUGACUAUUUUGUUUGAGAUUCUUCGCGUUUGCAUUUGACCUUUGUGGCCUUUUGUCUUUUGUCGUUCAUUCGUAAACAAUAGCUAAAACAAUGUAACUACUCCAUCGAACAAUCAGCGCCUCUGACCGGAUUCCGGACAGAUUUUACGUCAUCAGUAUGGAAUUUCUGUCGCUGAGUCGCAGACGUUCCUCCGCGCAAAACUUGCUCAUCGACGAAGAGCGAGGAGAAACGGAUGUUUUCGCAGGCUACUUUAAACACAAAAUUCUUCCAAAUUUGGUCAUCAGCAACUGGUUAUGGUGAAUUAUGCGUGUGCUUUUAGCCAAUCACAAUUGGGUAAAUCUUUUGAAUGAAUGAUAAGAAUAGUUGAUAAGUAAUGCCAAAUGAAUUCCCUCUUGAUUAUUUUCGCUCUUAAACAUGAUCAUUUCCAUUAUACAGGUCAGUCUAAAGAAUCUCUCUAGAAAAACUUUCUUGCAAGUGGAUGAAAAAUCUGGUUUUACUCUGCUCCAGGCGGCUGUCUUUGAGGAAAAAUACAACCUUGUUCUAGAAGCUAGUGGCCUUUUGGACAACUUUGUAGAAGAGAUGGAACUUACAAAAACGGGAAAAAACGCCAAAGAAUUUAUAGGAAAAACGGCAGUUGACUUCUUGUCACUUAGAAAGACAACAAACCCAUUUCAUAUUGAUAUCGAAAGGAUUUAUGACAAAUUGGCUGAGCACAACAGCAGACUGACUGAGCUGCCGUGGGGUACAUGCGACGAUAAUGUGGAACAGGCAGUUGAACUUGUAUUAAAUAACGGUGUAGAUAUUAAUGCCUCAGGAUCAGACAAUGAUUCCACAGCCUUGUUGCAUGCCAGUCGGUCAUCCUCAAGUCAGUUUAUUGAGACCCUCAUUGAUCUUGGGGGCGACGUUAACGCCCAAAGGAGAAAAAGCAAAGAAACACCACUAAUGUUAGCAGCUGACUGGAACAACUACAUGGCAGCAAGCUUAAUUUUAAGACAUGGAGCUGAUGUAAAUGUCCAUAUUAGUAAUGGGUUCACGCCACUGCACGUUUCAGUCAAUAAAAGUCACGAAAACCUUGUCAGAUUGUUACUUAAACACAACGCAAAUGUGAAUAUUCAAACUACUUAUGGAUAUACACCCCUUCGCCAGUCAUUCUUAAAAGGUAACGAAAGCCUCUGUAGACUGUUACUUGAACACAAAGCGGAUGUAAAUAUUCAAGAUAAAGAUGGAUAUACACCCUUGCACCGGUGUGCCUUAAUGGGUAACGAAGACCUCUGUAGAUUGUUAUUUGAACACAACGCGGAUGUAAAUAUUCAAGAUAACCUUGGAUAUUCACCCAUGCACUGGUGUGCCUUCAAGGGUAACGAAAACCUCUCUAGAUUGUUGCUUGAACACAACGCGGAUGUAAAUGUUCAAGAUAAUAAUGGAUAUUCACUCUUGCACUGGUGUGCCUUUAAGGGUUACGAAAUCCUCUGUAGAUUGUUACUUGAACACAACGCAGAUGUAAAUAUUCAAGAUAAAGAUGGAUAUACACCCUUGCACCGGGGUGCCUUACUGGGUAACGAAGACCUCUGUAGAUUGUUAUUUGAACACAAUGCGGAUGUAAAUAUUCAAGAUAAUCAUGGACAUUCACCCUUGCACUGGUGUGCCAGAGAGGGUAACGAAAACCUCUGUAGAUUACUACUUGAGCACAACGCAGAUGUACAUAUUCAAGAUAAUCAUGGAUAUACAGCCUUGCACUGGUGUGCCUUCAAGGGUAACGAAUACCUCUGUAGAUUGUUACUUGAACACAACGUGGGUGUAAAUAUUCAAGAUAAUCAUGGAUAUUCACCCUUGCUCUGGUGUACCUUCAGGGGUAACGAAAACCUCUGUAGAUUGUUACUUGAACACAGUGCGGAUGUAAAUGUUCAAGAUAAUCAUGGAUAUACACCCUUGCUUUGGUGUGCCUUAAUGGGUAACGAAGAGCUCUGUAGACUGAUACUUGAACACAACGCUGGUGUAAAUAUUCAAGAUAAAGAUGGAUAUACACCCUUGCACUGGUGUGCCAGAGAGGGUAACGAAAACCUCUGUAGAUUGUUACUUGAACACAACGCGGAUGUAAAUAUUCAAGAUAAUCUUGGACAUACACCCUUGCACUUGGGUACCAUAGAGGGUAACGAAAACCUAUGUAGAUUGUUACUUGAACACGACGCGGAUGUAAAUAUUCAAGAUGAUGAUGGAUAUACACCCUUGCACUUGUGUUCCUUAAUGGGGAAGGCAAACGUCUGUAUAUUAUUACUUGAACACAACGCAAAUGUAAAUACUCAAGAUGAAGAUGGAUAUACACCUUUGCACUGGUGUGCCAGAGAGGACAACCAAAACCUCUGUAGAUUGUUACUUGAACAUAACGCGGAUGUAAAUACUCAAGAUGAGGACGGAUAUACACCCUUGCACUGGUGUGCCUUAACGGGGAACGAAAACCUCUGUAGAUUCUUACUUGAACAAAACGCGGAUGUAAACAUUAAAGAUAAUCAUGGACAUACACCCUUGCACUGGAGUACUAGAAACGGUAACGGAAACCUCUGUAGAUUGUUGCUUAAACACAACGCGGAUGUUAAUCUUCAAGAUAAAGGAACACCUUUCAGCUUUUAA